AUGAGGGUCGGUACCCGAGGUGGUCGUGUUCGAGUGCUGACUCAGGCUAGCGCGAGUGGAGCAGCACCACCUCCAGUUGGUGCUGGGGUAGCAGCCCCUGGUGAUCCGAGAGUGGACGGGAUCAUGCAGGUGUUAGAGACGAUGGGAAAUCGGAUGGAGCAACAAGCCCAUAAUCAAGCCGCCGCCAUUACCGCUGCCGCUACAGCUGCCACGAUUGCCGCUGCCAAUGCUGCUAUUGUUUCUACCGCACCUACUGCCAUACCUGCUGAGGAAUCGGAAAAUGCCUUUGCACUGUUGAUGUGCACCGAGGUAGAGAAGGUUGUCCUUGUAGUCUAUCAACUGAAGAGGAUUGCAAGCACAUGGUGGAGAGCCACCAGAGGGAUAGUGUUUUCGGAAGGUAUGGUUCCAGAGUGGAACGCCUUUGUUGAAGUAUUCAACGGCAAAUACUUCUCUGACUGUGCUAGAGAACUGAAGAUGGCUAAACUCCAGUGCCUUUGCCAAGAUAUGACGGUUGAUGAGCUGAAGAUAGAAGAUAUUGCAGUGGUUCAAGAAUUUCCAGAUGUAUUAUCGAAAGAAUUGCCAGUUGAAGAAGUGUUGAUAUUCUCUAAGAUCAACUUGAAAACGGGAUAUCAUCAACUAAGGAUCAUAAAUGAGGAUAUACCAAAGUUAGCGUUUCGUACUCAAUACGGCCAUUAUGAGUUCACUGUAAUGCCGUUUGGUUUAACGAACGCCCCAGCUACUUUCAUGGAUCUGAUAAACCAAGUGUUUAAGGAAUAUUUGAAUCAAUUCACGAUCGUGUUCAUCGAUGAUAUCCUGGUGUACUCGAAAAGUCCUGAGGAACAUGAAAGGUAUUUGAGGAUAGUACUCCAGACCUUGAGGAUUCACGAGCUAUACGCUAAGUUCAACAAGUGCGACUUUUGGUUAACUUGUGUUACUUUUCUAGGUCACGUGAUUUCAGGUGAAGGAAUCUUCGUGGACCCAUCCAAGAUCGAAGCAGCGAUCAACUAG